GGCAGUGACGAGACAUAGCUUGUGGCGGGUGGGUGUUACUGUGCCUCGUCCUCCUCCUCCUCAGGGUACACUUAAUUAAUCUGCGCCAGCCCCACGAGGAGGUCCUGCACACUCCCCAGGGGCGGCCACGCGACUCCUACACCCGGGGACUAGUUCAGCGCCCCCUGGAUAACAGCUUCACCCCGCGGCGGCGCCCACACCCCACAAGAUUGCCUGACGAUGCUUGUGGAGACCUCUGGAGGCGGAGGUGGCGGCGGCGGCGGGGGCAGUGACAGAGGCGGCGGCGGCGGCGACAGGGGCGGAGGAGGCUUGGGCGGGGAGGGGAAAGGAACGAAUGGUGUGAGUGUCGGCGGGGGCAAGGUUGGCGGCGGCGGCGGCGGCGGCAACGGCGGCGGGGGGCUGAAGACAAGCAACGGAAGCAAGACGAGCAUGGGCGUGACGGGCAAGAGUGGCGGCGGCGGCGGCGGCCUGAUGGGGGGCGGCCGCAAGUCCCCCCUGGCGGCCAUAGCGGCGGCGGCGGCCUCCUCGUGCUCUCCGCCGCAGCCCGCCACGCCCGCCAAGAGCAGCCUCGAGAACCAGCUCAUGUACACGCCGCCUCACGUCCUCAUCCGCUCCAUCUCGUCCCUCUCACAGCACUCCCUCAGGCCCGUCACCCCGGAGAGCGACCAGGAGGACGGGCUGGUGUCGGUGCCGGCGCUGCGCAAGGGUGUACUGCUGCAGGCCCGGGACCGCCUCUUCUCCCGCUGGAAGGAGCGCUACUUCGUGCUGACGCGGGACUACCUGGCGUGCUUCAGGCGCGGCUCCACAAAGUACUCCGAGAUGGGGUCCUUCAUAUUCAAGGUGAACUUGGCUUGUGUGGAGUGCGUGGAGUGGCAGGACCGGCGCGGCGGCCCGGCCCUGGCGCUGUCGCUGCCCCGGGAAGGCCGCGUGCUGCUGCGGGCCAAGUCUGGGCUCGACCAAUGGUACCGCCUGCUGCUCGAGGCCACCAACGCCUCCAGACACCGGCGCAACGUCCUCCGCCGCGGCACCUCCACCACGCACCUCAAUCACACCAACAACAACCUCGACACCACGCCACCGCCCAAGUCAAGUGGCAUCCAGUACAGCCUGAGUGGCUCCACCCCAGAGAUUGCGCGCCUCUGUGACACCGUCUGCGAGGACUCCCCUGGAGGCACCAACUCCCGCCUCCUCACCAGGCACCACAGAUUCUCCCUGUUGGCUGACCCUGACCUUGGCUCCUGCGACACAGAUGUGGCCACUCCGCCCUCCUCCGUCACCUCCUCCAACAAGUUCAGCACCUCCACGUCAGCUUCUAACACCUCAGGUUCUGGGGGCUCCUCCUCUCUAGCCUCCUCCCCCUCCUUGCGUGGCUCCUGUGCCUGGCCUCGGCCAUCCUCACCAGUGCGGCCACUGCUCGGCGACGCACCACGCUCCAGACUCUCUUUGUACGAGGGUGUCCGGGAGAUGCCAACCUCUGCCAAGACUCGCCACUCCAUGUGUCUUGAGUCCCAGGAGCAGACUCAAGAUGCCACCAGAAAGCAGAAGAACAGGCACUCUAUUUGCAUUGAGCCUCGGGACCUGGCGCGUACUCGAGCCUCUCUUUGCAUGGAGCCUCGCAACCCCCUGUUGGAGCUGAUGGAGAGUGUGGAGGCCAUCCCUUCACUCAUCCCCCAUGACGCUGUGCCAAUGUCCUCCUCAGCCAGAACCUCUCCUUCCAAGAGUGAAGGUGACCGAUCUUCCAACGAGGUGCCAGUGACACGGUGUGAGGUGGACACCAGUCCCUGUCCUGGGGCUGCCCCACCCCGCCCUCGUGCUCACUCCACCUCCCUUACCCCAGAGCGUUCCUUGGGGCCACGCUCUCGAUCUAAUUUGGGUUUCUUCAGACACUCUGGUCUCUUCAACAACCAUUGAGGAGAAGGUAACUUAUUGCUAUAACUAAGUAGUAUUGUUUUCACAUCACACAGCAACUGCCUAUGAUGCCCUCCUGCCCCUGCUGGCCUGCAGCGGUGGCAGCACUGCGCCUGCUGUUGGUGUUGGUGCUUUCCGGGAGGCAGCUUGAGUGAGGCUUUACCACUGAUACAUUACACUGUCAUGAUGCAGCUGUAUCAGGUGGAGUUAAUUUUAAGAUUGACAUUUGUCUUCAUGGCAAUACAAGUGAGGUGCUCAGGACCAUAACCUGCAGGAGCUAUGAUUUAGAUAUGAGUCAUAUAGAAAACAUGGUCAUGGUGUUCUUCAGACUUUACUCCUUCCAUUGAGCAAGUCAUGAAGUUGGUUGGGGGCCGUUUGUGUGUGUGUGUGUGUGUGUGUGUGUGUGUGUGUGUGUGUGUGUUUCUGGAAAAGUGUCAUAUAUUAAGCUGAUAUAUAUGUACGAUUCUUUUUUUACCAUCACUAUUGACUGGAGGUUAUGGUCAAGAAUGUCUCAGACCCUCACGGUAUAAUGUAAAUGUUUUGAUUACUUUCCUGUGUGUGGAAUGUAACAGCUGAGGUCAGCUAUUUCCAUUGUUUGUUUGUCAGACAUGUUCUCAUGUCAUGCCACUGAGCCAUUGUUUGUUAGUCAGACAUGUUCUCAUGUCAUGCCACUGAGCCAUUGUUUGUUUGUCAGACAUGUUCUCAUGUCAUGCCACUGAGCCAUUGUUUGUUUGUCAGACAUGUUCUCAUGUCAUGCCACUGAGCCAUUGUUUGUUAGUCAGACAUGUUCUCAUGUCAUGCCACUGAGAGAGGUUUUCCUUGUAAUUACUUUCAAACUUUCAGAACAUAAGUGUUUAUGUUCAAGAAGGUCAUUGGUUAGGCUGAUCUGGGGUCACCAUAUGCCCUUCCAUGGCUGUGGCUUCCUCACUCUCUGUAGCAACCCACAACUCUGCUGGGUACCUUGACUACAACCUGUUUCCCAGACCAUUUCCAGUAAGAUUUUGAAGAUUGUUUUGUUUCACAGUAAAAGGCCAAGAUGUAUGUGAACCUUUAAUUCAGUGUUAGAGUAGUUUUGAGAAGCUAAGAAUUGUGUAAGAUUUAUCAAUAAUUUUGUGUAUAUAGCAGAUUUGCAUACUAAGAAUAGACCGGUUACAUAGGUGAUAUAACUAUAACUAUAUUGUUUUUACUGAAGAAACUGCUUGAACUAAUGAUGUAAGUUGUUUAUGAUGUAAUGAGUAACAUUUGCCUUAUAUAACUAGUCAUGGAGAGGGUGUGGGUGAGGCGUUUCUGUGUGGAGGCAGCCAAGGCUUCCUCCAGUAACUGGCAUGUUACAUUAAGCUUUCAGCAGCUCAUAUUUAUAAUUUUUAUUUGCAUUUGAAAUAUUUAGAAUACUAACUAUAUCCCUAUUGCAUUGUAUGUGUUUUAAGAUUUUUCAUCUUGGUUAUCUUUCUAAUAAAAACAAGACAUUUGCAAUAGAAUAGUGAUUGAAAAGUUAUGUGGUGAAAGUGAAGGUUGUCAAGAGUGGAUUUACUAUGGCAAACAUUUCUCACUAAUUAACAAUAGUGACUUUUUUUUAUCUGUGCUUUAUUUUACAGAAAUGUUCACUGACACAAAAUAGUACAAUAAUAUACCACUUCUGUAGUGUCAUGAAACUAUGUAAAUUAUUGGAGCAGUGUAUGUAUUGAUUGAGUUUGUGUGAAGUGCAUCACUACAGUCUAACCUCCAGGAAAUGCAGUUCUUUAGACCACUUGUCUUGGUCAUGGCCAACCCUUUCCUGUGUUUCCCAUGGAGCAGCCAACACCUCCAGGGACUGAGCACACACCUCCCAAAACCAAAACACUUCCUCAGGUACAAGUCAUGGGUUAUGGCAGAGAAUCACGUGCGUGCGCCACAAAUAAAACAUUGUCAGCAAUAAACAGUCCACUUGGCAA